AUGAAUGCGAUUAAGUUAUUCAUAUUGGAUAUAUGUCUUUACAUCAACAAAUGGGCGCUAAGGACCAGCACUGGUCGAGAACGAGAUGAACUGAUCCAAGUAUGGCUCCGAGACAUCUCAUCAUGCGAUCCUGAAGCGACAGAGCCCGCUCUAGGUGUCUACCCCUGGUAUGCCUCAGACUCCGAGUCGUACACCCCCGACAUCUUCCAGGGGAACUUUCGACUGAGGCCCCAACGAUGCUGGGAUUAUUACGGGGAUCUAGACAAUGUGGAGCCUCGACUUCCCCCGGAACCAUACCCUCUAGACCCAAAGCUUUCUUCAGCGCUGGAGAAAUUAGACAACAGCAGGCGACUACAGCGCAACCCACGGAAAUUCGUUCGGGAAAGAUGCCGUACUAUCCUGUUGCCCUACCUGGAAGCUGCAGUGGAGCGAUUUGAGAAGGCUCGAACUGUUGCUGGGAAAUAUGAGCUUCAUUGGUGCACGGCAAAAGUAAAGGACAUGUACCACAAUUUUGCAAUGGAAACGCGGCGGUUAAUUGCAUGGUCUGAUCAUACCAUCACCUUCACCGACCCGCAGGGGCAGCGAAGAGAUCUGCUCGCUAUCGUUGUGGCGAAGGAAAGAUGCGGCGAUGCCUACAAUCCUCUGUUGGCUUAUAUCGGAAUAGUUCAUAGGAAUCGGAAGGACAGAGGCGAAAAGAACAGUGCGGUAUAUGGGAUUGCCACUGAUGGUUACACUUUUCAGAUCGUGAAGAUUGAUAACAAGUCCAAGCUGUUUCAAUCUUGCGAGUAUUCAUUGGACGAAGGCUGGGGAUUCUUCCUUAAAUAUCUUGACGACAUCUUGGCAGAGGCGCCUGGACAAUGCGAGGAAUGA